CGCAGCCGGAAGUCCCCGCUGGCGGCGGCCUCCGCUUCCCGCCGCGGCGGGCACGUGAGGGUGCCGCUCCCAAGAUGGCGGACAACCUGCCGGCAGAGUUUGACGUGGUGGUGGUGGGCACCGGUUUGCCUGAGUCUAUUAUUGCAGCAGCAUGUGCCAGAAGUGGCCAGAGAGUUCUUCAUGUUGAUUCGAGAAAUUACUAUGGUGGAAACUGGGCCAGUUUUAGCUUUUCAGGAUUAUUGUCCUGGAUUAAAGAAAAUCAGGAAAAGUCAGAUAUCAGUGAGGAAUGUGAAGACUGGAGAAAACUGAUCCUUGAGAAUGAAGAAGUUAUCUCUCUUAACAAGAAGGAUAAAACUAUUGAACAUGUAGAAGCUUUCUGUUUUGGCGAUCAGGAUUCAGCCAAAGAUGUUGAAGAAGCCGGUGCAUUGCCAAAGCUGCCUGUAUUUGGAGCCUCUGGUGCUGAGGGGGUUGCUCAGGACCCAAACAAAGAGCGCCCACCACUGGAGAGUGCCGUAGCAAGGGCUGAGAGCUGGGAACCAGAAAAGGCUGCAAGUGUGGAUCCUGCAAGUACAGCGGAAGGGAAUGAUACAGAAGUAAACUGUGAGAAUGAAAGUUCUCAUAGUCUGUCUUCAGGCGAGUCCGCUCCGGAUUUGGGAAAAGCUGAAGCUGCACCAUCAGAAGUUUCUGUCCAAGAACCAAAGAAAAUUAUGUAUUCCCAAAUUGUUAGGGAAGGCAGAAGGUUUAAUAUUGAUUUAGUUUCCAAGCUGCUUUACUCCCGAGGUCUGUUAAUUGACCUUCUGAUUAAGUCGAACGUUAGCAGAUAUGCAGAGUUUAAAAAUGCUACAAGAAUUCUUGCUUUUCGAGAAGGAAAAGUAGAACAGGUACCCUGUUCUAGAGCAGAUGUCUUCAACAGCAGACAGCUCACUAUGGUGGAAAAGCGAAUGCUAAUGAAAUUUUUGACAUUUUGUUUGGACUAUGAACAACACCCUGAUGAAUUUCAAGACUACAAGAACAGUACGUUUGCUCAGUUCUUAAGAACACGGAAAGUUAACACCUAGCUUGCAGCACUUCAUUCUUCAUUCAUUGCAAUGGUUUCGGAGACUGAUUGCAGCACUGAAGGUCUUCAGGCAACAAGAAAAUUUCUUCAGUGCCUUGGCCGCUAUGGCAAUACACCAUUUUUGUUUCCUCUAUAUGGUCAAGGCGAGAUUCCACAGUGCUUUUGCAGGAUGUGUGCAGUAUUUGGUGGUAUCUAUUGUCUUCGCCAUUCUGUGCAGUGCCUUGUAGUGGACAAAGAAUCUGGACGAUGCAAAGCAAUUAUUGAUCAUUUUGGACAAAGAAUAAGUGCCAACUAUUUUAUUGUGGAAGACAGUUACCUUUCAGAGAGCGUAUGCAGAAAUGUGUGUUACAGGCAGAUCUCCAGAGCAGUGCUCAUUACAGAUCAAUCUGUACUAAAGACAGAUUCAGAGCAGCAGGUUUCCAUUUUGACAGUGCCUCCAGUGGAUCUAGGACAACCAGCGGUCUGUGUCAUUGAGUUGUGUUCCUCAACUAUGACAUGCAUGAAGGACACUUAUUUAGUCCAUUUAACGUGUCCAUCAAGUAAAACUGCUAGGGAAGAUUUAGAGCCUGUUGUACAGAAGUUAUUCCAUCUAAAUACUGAAAUAGGAAAAGAGACUGAAAAUGAAGAAUUGGAAAAACCCAGAGUCCUCUGGGCAGUAUACUUCAACAUGAGAGAUUCUUCAGGAAUCGACAGAAAUUCAUACAGCAGCUUACCCUCAAAUGUGUAUGUCUGUUCUGGCCCAGACUCUGCUUUAGGAAAUGACUGUGCUGUCAAACAGGCUGAAACUAUUUUCCAAGAAAUGUUUCCUACAGAGGAAUUUUGCCCACCACCGCCAAAUCCAGAAGAUAUUAUUUAUGAUGAAGAUGAGAUUGCAUCAGAAGAGUCUGGACUCAGUAAUUCACCAGAGACAAAACCUGAACCCUCCCCUGAGGAAAGCAGUAGCAGAGGUAGUUCUGCUGUUAAAGAACAUAGUGAAGAAUGAAUUAGCUCUCUUCUCUUUGUAGACAAGGCAGUUGAAAGAAAUGAAAAUUUUAGAGAGGAAGGAUAAGAAAAAGAGGUUUAAAAAGCCCAUAACUACUAUUUGUGAUUGCCUUAUUUCCUUAGCUUGAAUAAUGUUUCUUAUUCAAAUAGUUUCAUUCAUAGCUAAGAUAUUUCUAAAUAAAGUCAUAGGUCCACCAGAUCCAGGGGUAUUUAAAGCUUAAAAAAAAUAAAUAAAUAUAUAGAACAAAACAUUUGAAUUUAAAAUGUUAAAAUUGACUCAUUUGUGAGAGAGUUUGGUUUUGGUUUACAUCUUGGAAAGACAUCUUUUAAACAGGCAAGUCAAAACUGAUGUAAAUAACAUGCAAUUUUGCUUACCAGUCAGAAGACCAUCAUCUGUUUCAAAGUAUGACAUUUCUACUGAAAGUCACUGUGUCUAUGCUAAAAACAGUUGUAUGUACACUUCAUCAUCUGUCCUUCAGAGUGCUUUUUAGGAAUGUAACCUAAAGGCAAUAGUAUUAACAGCUCUGGGAUGGCUUUAGAAUACAAAAGACAUCAUUUAAUUUGUAUCGUGAAAAAAAUCUUGUAUGGUUUUGAAGCUGAUGCCAUAAUUUAGAAGGAAGUAUCCAAUGGGUGUUCUUCACAGGAAACUGUUUUACAUUCAGAAUGUUUUAUGGUUUUGUUUUUUUUUUUAAUAAGAUUUAACAGUUGUGUGAUCAGACAUUUUUUUACCAGUGACUUAGUUUACUGUAGUCAGGAAAAUAGCACAGUUUAAGCUUAAUGCUAGACUUCCUAACAAAACCAAAAAUCAUAUACUAAACAUAACUGUUGUCACAUUUCUUUGGAUUUUUUGCAGCUUUGGACCUCUAAUAAGCCAAUAAUUAUUUUUUUUGCAAGUAUGGUAUCUGAGAAGUUUAGAUGAUGUUUGAGGUUUUCCAUGCUGAGAAGAAGGUUCAAUUUAGAAUUCGAAGGUUUAUAUUGAUCCCAGUUAAUAGGAUUAAAACUAGUGCGAUAGGUGUACAUGAUGCGUUUUGUAAUGGUAAUCAUAAAACAUUUAUACAGUAAAAUUUAUUGAACUAUUUAUAAGUUUAGUUUGUAUGAAGAAUUACAAAAUGAGAACGCUGUUGUAAAUGACCAGGAUAGACUUGCAUUUCUUCUGAACAAUUCUUCAAAUCAGAUGAUGAAAAGUAUUUAGCAUUUACUUUAGGAUUUACCUUAAAAUGUACACCCAACAUAUCAACAGUGUGUCUAAAUAUAUAGAUCAGUGAAUUUUGAUGAGCUUUAAACUUGUAUGUGAACUUAGUUACAGUUCUAGCAGUACUUAAAUACUGUGUGUAAAUAAAAAUGCCAUAAAAUUAUGAAUAUUCAGCACUGUCUGGACUUGACACAAAAACUUCUGUACAGUUUUGCAGUGCAUGUUCCUGCCUUUAAAAUGGCUUUGUGCCAUAAAGGUUAAUUUAUUUAUUUUUUUACAGCAUGACCGAUACGGUUAACUUCAUUUUGUCUUGCAUCAUAAUACAUUGUCCAGUUUGCAAUUCAGAAAUGAAUUUAUUGGUGCUUACAUUCUUUGUCUGUUGGAUAGGCACCAUUGUGUGUAUAAUCUCAAAGUCCUUAGAAAAAUGUCGUUGAAAUGUUUCCAAUAUUAAACAACAGUUACUCGCGGAUGCUUGUGGUUGAGCAGUUAUAUAUAUUAUGUAUUAAGCAGACUUUGUUUAGCUGUAAUUUCGUGCCUAUUGGAAAGCAUGAGUAUCUGGUAAUUGUAUUUAACCAUCUGCAAAUCUGUAAAAGAACUAAGCGGAGGACAUAGUACCUGUUCGUCUUUCAGUAAUGGGGAUCAUAGUUGAAUUUUUCAUCUUCUAUGUUUACAAGGAAAUCAUCAAUGAAAAUUAAAGGUUUGCUUGCAAGUGCA